UUGAUCUUAUAAGCAGUGCUGUGAAAUUUGCCGAAACCAUUGAUGCUCAUGUUCGGUGCAGUUAAAACAUUCAUCCAAGAUUAGAAGAUGUUGUAUGCCAAAUUUGUUAUGGCUUGAAUGUCUUUUCACGCAGGAAUAAAGUGAUCUGUAACAAAAGUAUACUUCCCUGUUUAAAAACCGGGAUUUGUCUUGAUUGCAACUCAGAAAUUAUAACCUUGUUAAUUCGCUUAUUUUUUCCUGCCUUUGCUUUUCACUGCCGUUUUAAUGCACCUAUGUAAAAGAGUACAGAACUGAUAGAGUUUCGUGUGCUACAAAAGAAACCGUUUAUAAUUUAUAAUUACGAUAAUGACGAAAGUAUCACAACAAAUAUUUAGGGAGAUUAAAAUAUCUGUCUGUGUUCUCUCGUGAUACCCCUCAGUUCCGAGUGUCUUUUGAUGAUUCAAACUCGAAAAUUUAAUGACGUUAUUCCCUUUGACGUCAAAUUAUGUUGCUAAAUAAUUUCCAUAUGGUGCCGUAUUAAUUAGGCGUCACAAGGCUCGCGUAAUUAUCUUAUUCAAUAUGUGAGGUCAAGCACAACGUUUCAGAGCGCACGACGAAAAUGAAGAAAAGGAAAUGAACUUGACAACCGCUAAAGUUAAACUUUUAUCAAAGCGGAAGGAAAGAUUGCAUUUUCGUUCUUUAUAUAUCUUUAGCACAACUAACAGGUUUCGUAAAUAUACUUAUACCAUCGUGAAAUCCACUCAUUUCGAAUACUUUAUCUUGCUAACUGUUAUAACAAGUUGCAUUUUACUUGUGGCGCAAGGUCCAAAUCAUUCUACAACAAACCUAAAUGACCCGUAUAUCAUUAGCAACCUUGUUUUAAAUGGUAUCUUUGCCGUUGAAGCAAUUUUAAAAAUAAUAGCCUAUGGAUUUGUGCUACACAGAGAUGCAUAUCUUCGGAGCAGUUGGAAUGUCUUUGACUUUAUUGUUGUUGUUAGUGGAUCAAUUUCGGACGUGUUAGUUUUAUCUGAAAAUGUUGAUAAAUCGUUCAGUUUAAAGUUCUUGCGGUUAUUUCGGAUACUGCGACCGUUAAGACUCAUCUCAAAAUCGGAAAAUUUGAAAGUAGUUCUGGACACAAUCAUCAAAUCCUUCGCACAUGUCAUCCAUGUCUUGAUGUUUAUGCUCCUCAUUAUACUUCUGUAUGCAAUCAGUGGUAUUGAACUUUUUGGAGGUAUGCUACAUACAGCUUGCUUUAACAACACAUCUGGAAAUCUUAUCGAACCUUUAACAAUAUGCAAGUCAUCGGUCAGUUGUUCACAGUUUGGAAAUGCAUCUUGCGAGGAAAAGUGGCCUGGUAUCGAAGGUGGUUUGACAUCUUUUGAUGGCAUCGAAUUAGCGAUGCUGACGGUACUUCAAGUUGUAACAAUGGAAGAUUGGGUGUUUAUUCUGUAUAAGCUGAACGUUGUAAUAUCACCAAUAAUCACGUGGACAUAUUUUGUCUCGCUUAUUUUGUUUGGUAGUUACUUUGCUGUCGAUUUACUAAUGGGCGUAUUGGGUAAUCAAUACCUGCGGACAAAACAGUUUAUCAAAAAUGUAAACAAUUUGAAGAGAAUCGAAGAAAAAAGAAAUUCGGAGGUUUUAGACAACGCAAUCAGUUUAACGUUCAAGAAUGAGCAGCAAAAUGACCUGCCACCGCCUACUCGUCAAUUGGACAUCCAGCAUCGCUACCUGUCAACAUUGGUUCCUUUGUAUUAUAGAGCCAAAAAGUUCUGCGUAAAACUCAUACAAUUGAAGCAUUUCUUUUGGGUUGUGACGUUUAUUAUUGGCAUCGAUGUAGUAGUGAGUACUACGUACGCCCACAUACCAAACAAUCCAGACAAUGACAUCUCUUACAUAUUCAUCAAGGUAGUAAUAUUCAUCGCGUACUUUGCAGAAGGGCUGGUAAUUUUUCUUGCAAAUGGACCAAAGAAGUCAAUGCGGAAUGGAUACUUUCUGUUCAACUCUGUCAUCUUUGUUAUCAGCGUUGUCGAGUUGUUGAUUUAUCUCAUUUCACGCUAUUUUUACAUUGGUUUAAGUGUGAUUAGAGCAGUUGGUUUAAUCCAAGUAUUCCGUCAAACUAGAUUCUGGGAUCAGCUGUCGGCUAUAAUUUCAUCUUUUGUUGACUCCAUUAAAGGGGUCAGUGGAUUGGCAGGUUUACUAUCCGUAGUUUUAACAAAUUACGCGUUGCUUGGAAACCAGCUUUUUGGAAGACCAGACCUAGCGAGAGAUAGUGUUGGAACAUUCGAUAAUUUUGGUAGUUCAUUACUAUUGUCUUUUGUUUUACUGACUGGAGAUAACUGGACCACCAUCAUGGUCGAGAAUAUGAUGUUGUCGUCAAGUCUGGCGCACAAAAUUGUAACAGUGAUAUUUUUUUUAUCCUUCGUCGUGGUUGGUAACUUCAUACUGAUGAAUGUGUUUCUUGGAAUUAUUGUGGAUAAUUUGGCAAGUGAUUUGGAAGAACAUGAUACCGACGAACCUAAAAAGGUCUCAAUAAAAAUGGUCGCAUGGAUUACAACUUUCCUAAACGGAACAAAAGACAAGGUGUCGUCAGGGGAAAACGUCAAAGGAAUGUUAUGUUGUACACAAGAUACUAGUGAAACAAAUCAUACGAAAUCUGAUCAGGAAGAAGUGUCAAGCCCACCUACGACAAGCUCUAGUCAAAAUUGCGUCGAGAAGAAAAAAGUGCACUUUGAUAUAAACUCGAUAGAAAAACCCAAAAUGUCCACAGGAAGAGUAAAAAGACAGAGUUUCGCAAUGCGCAUGGAAAUUGAGAGAAGGGCUCGUGUACGAGCACUGUCACUUUUGCUCGAUCCAGAAAUUGCAAACCCAAUGCCACAGCACAAAUCAUUGUUUUUAUUUAGCGGGCGUAACAAAUUUCGAAAGAGCGUAUUUGCUAUUGUUACAAGUUCAAACUUCACCAUACUGGUUUGCUUUGCUGUUGUUUUGAGCAGUUGCGUGAUGGCAUUCGAUGACCCGUUGAAUGAAGACAAGCAAGUUAUGAAGAUCAUGGAAAUAUUUGAGUAUGUUUUCACAGCAUUCUUUGUUGUGGAAAUAAUACUGAAAUCGAUAGCAUAUGGCUUUUUGUGUGGACACAGAAACUGCUUCUUACGUGAUCCAAUGAAUGUCGUCGACGCAAUUGUUGUUGCCUUCUCCUUGGUCAACAUAGGACUUACAGUUGGUGGAUACGAAAAUCACGUCCAUUUAAGAAUUCUACGUGUUGUGCGUUUGGUGCGAAUAUUAAAGAUAUCGUUGCAACUGAAACGGGUGAUCAAUUGUUUAAUCAGUAGCGUACAGAAGAUUGGCUAUUUUUUGGUUUUGUAUGUGCUGGUUCUUUUCGUGUAUUCUGUUGUGGGUGUACAUUUGUACCGUGGUGCACUUGGCACGUGUUCUGAACUUUCGAUCACUCAAAGAACGGUCUGCGAGAACCAAAAUGGCACAUGGAGAGCCAGUCAGUUAGCUUUUGACAACAUUGGUGAUGGAAUGUCCACUUUGUUUGUUAUUAGUACUAUGGAUGAUUGGUUUCUGUUUUUACAAAAAUUAAUGAAAAUCGAAAACAAUAUGGACAUAGUUGCUAUUACCUACAUGAUCUCAUUUAUUCUGAUUAUCAGUUUCGUUAUGUUGAACGUGCUAAUCGGUUUUGUUAUUGUUGUGUUCCAUAAAGAGAAGGAAAAAGAAGAAAAGUAUAAAGUGCUUGACCGAUCAUCUAAAGAAUGCUUGCUUGCCGCAUUGUCAGAGAAUCCAUUGUCUCAAGAUAUAUUUAAAAAUAAUCCUUUUAGGCAGACUUUGAACAAGUUUGUCAGCACCAAUUGGUUUCAGGGAGUCACUUUUGGAUUAAUUGUGCUAAAUACGAUCUUCCUCAUGACAAAAAGAUAUCAACAAGGGGAGACUUUAACGUUGGUACAACAUUAUGCAAACAUUGGGUUCACUUUUUUCUUCACUGUUGAAAUAGUGAUCAAGUUAAUGGCUAUGUCAUUCAAAACAUUUAUCAAAGACGAAUGGAACGUGUUUGAUAUUGUUGUUAUCGUUGGAAGCUGGAUCGAUAUUGUGUUAAGUGAAUUAAACGUCCCAUUUUUAAACUUAAGCUUGUUGAGAUUGUUUAGAGCUGCUCGUUUGGCAAAAAUUGUUGGAAAGGGUGGAAACCUGCGACAGUUGUUCGCAACAUUUCUCAAAUCAAUUCGAAGCGUGCCAUCGAUAGCUUUUCUGCUAGCAGUGAUUUUGUACUUAUACGCAAUACUAGGAAUGGAGCUAUUUGGAAACAUACGCUUGGAUUCUGAAACAGCCAUCAACAAAGAUACAAACUUCCAAACAUUUCUUAGCGCAAUAACAGUGUUAAUCCGUGUCACGACACUUGAUGCCUGGCAUGAGAUCAUGUUAGUGUGUGCAGACACCAUAGCAGAAAAUUGUCAAAACAAACCCGGAAAUUGCGGCUCGUACGUCAGUUAUCCUUACUUUGUAUCCUUUGUUUUCAUUUGUUCGUAUAUUAUGACAAACUUAUUUCUGGCAGUUAUUAUGGAGAACUUUGUUUAUCUCACCAACGACAAGGCGACAGUUGAUGUACGUCAUAUUCAAAGAUUUACAGAUGCUUGGAGCAGGUACGACAAAACCGGAAGUGGAAAAAUAACAGUAGAUAAGGUGAUUUUAUUGUUGCGAGCUUUGGAUCCUCCCUUGGGUGUCGGGUGUCUUUGUCCACCGCGUGUGGUGUAUGGUUAUCUCUUACGCCUAAAAAUACCUAUUGAAAGAAAUAACAUUGUGAAGUUUAAAGAGUUACUGUUAACGUUGUUACUACAUUCGUUAAAGUUAAAGGGCUCCAAUGAAUCGAUACAGGAAGAUAUGCAAGAGCUAUGGCCUGGCAUUGAUGAUGAGUUUUUAGAUAGGCUAUUACCAGUUUAUUAUGACCCAAGAACUUACAACAAAUGGGAAAACAGAUUUUAUGAAAUAUGUGCUGUAAAUGUCAUUUCGGAAUAUUAUAAAGUUUAUCGAAGCAAGCGUAAUGAAAUCCGGUUAAAGAAAGAUCAUCAAAUUCAAGUUGGGGAAAGUGUCUUAAAGUGUUCGUCAUCUUUUCACUUACAUAACCAUACUACAAGAAUGGAAGAGAAUAAAGAUGCAUUUAUAAAUGUACUUCGUAGUUGUAGAUCCUUUUAACAAAUUUUAAGAGUAACUG